CUUCCCUCGUUCUCUCACCCACCUGUCUCUCUCGCUCUCCCUCUCUCCAGAGACCUCAGUGAGAACCAAAUUCAGGGGGUCCCCAGGAAAGCCUUCAGGGGAGCUGUGGAAAUCAAGAACCUGCAGCUGGACUACAAUCAGAUCAGCUGUAUUGAAGACGGAGCUUUCAGGGCACUGCGCGACCUGGAAGUACUUACUCUCAACAACAACAACAUCACUCGGCUGUCGGUGGCCAGCUUCAACCACAUGCCCAAGCUGAGGACCUUCCGUCUCCACUCCAACAACCUGCUGUGUGACUGCCAGGUGUCGUGGCUGUCAGAGUGGCUGAGACAGCGCCCCCGCCUGGGCCUCUACACUCAGUGCAUGUCUCCGCCGCACAUGAGGGGCCACAACGUGGCCGAGGUGCAGAAGAAGGAGUUUGUCUGCACGGGUCACCAGUCCUCCUCCUCCUCCUGCAGUGUGCUACAGUGUCCAGAGUCCUGCACCUGCAGCAACAACAUUGUGGACUGCAGAGGCAAGGGCCUAACGGAGAUCCCCACCAACCUACCAGAGACCAUCACAGAGAUACGAUUGGAGCAGAAUUCUAUCAAGGUGAUUCCUGCUGGCGCUUUCUCUCCAUACAAGAAACUAAGAAGAAUAGACCUGAGUAAUAACCAGAUAUCAGAGCUGGCCCCAGACGCCUUCCAAGGACUCCGCUCCCUCAACUCUCUUGUUCUUUAUGGGAACAAGAUCACAGAGAUUUCCAAAGGACUGUUCGAGGGUCUCUUCGCUCUCCAGCUACUGUUGUUGAAUGCUAACAAGAUAGCAUGUCUGCGUGUAGAUGCCUUCCAGGACCUCCACAACCUCAACCUGCUGUCUCUCUACGACAACAAACUGCAGACCAUCGCCAAGGGAACCUUCUCCUCACUACGCGCCAUACAGACGCUUCACCUGGCUCAGAACCCAUUCAUCUGUGAUUGCCACCUGAAGUGGCUUGCUGACUACCUCCAGGACAACCCCAUAGAGACCAGCGGAGCUCGCUGUACCAGCCCACGGCGUCUCGCCAACAAGCGCAUCGGCCAGAUCAAGAGCAAGAAGUUCCGCUGCUCAGGCUCAGAGGACUACCGCAGUAAGCUGGGAGGGGACUGCUUCGCUGACCUAGCCUGUCCUGAGAAGUGUCGCUGUGAAGGAACCACGGUCGACUGCUCCAACCAGAAACUGACCAAGAUCCCCGAUCACAUCCCACAGUACACCGCCGAGCUGCGUCUAAACAACAACGAGUUCACCGUACUGGAGGCGACGGGCAUCUUUAAGAAGCUCCCCCAGCUCAGGAAGAUUAACCUUAGUAACAAUCGUAUCAGUGACAUCGAGGAGGGGACGUUUGAGGGGGCCACGGGGGUCAACGAGUUGAUCCUCACCUCCAACCGUCUGGAGAACAUCCAUCACCGCAUGCUGAAGGGCCUGGGGGGCCUGCGCACACUGAUGCUGAGGAGUAACCGUAUCAGCUGUGUCAGUAACAGUAGCUUUGUAGGCCUGAGCUCCGUGCGUCUGCUCUCCCUCUACGACAACCAGAUCACCUCCAUGAACCUGGGCGCCUUCGACACCCUGCACUCGCUCUCUACACUGAACCUGCUGGCCAACCCGUUCAACUGUAACUGCCACCUGGCCUGGCUGGGGGACUGGCUGAGGAGGAAGAGGAUCGUGACUGGGAACCCUCGCUGUCAGAACCCCUACUUUCUGAAAGAGAUCCCCAUCCAGGAUGUGGCCGUCCAGGACUUUGCCUGUGAUGACGGUAACGAUGAGAACAGCUGCUCCCCGGUGCUGAGGUGUCCAGCAGAGUGCUCCUGUCUGGACACAGUGGUCCGCUGCAGCAACAAGGGCCUCAGCUCCCUACCUAAGGGCCUACCCAAGGAGACCACAGAGCUUUAUUUGGAUGGUAACCAGUUCACUCAGGUCCCAGUGGAGCUCUCCAAUUACAAGCACUUGACGCUCAUCGAUUUGAGUAACAACCAGAUCAGCACGUUGUCCAACCUCAGCCUCAGUAACAUGUCUGAGCUGCUUACCCUAAUUCUAAGCUAUAACCGGUUGAGGUGUAUACCAGUCAGAGCCUUCGACGGACUCAAGUCACUACGCUUACUAUCUCUCCAUGGGAACGACAUUUCUGUGAUACCAGAAGGAGCCUUCAAAGAUCUGUCCUCUCUCUCCCACCUGGCGCUGGGUGCCAACCCCCUGUACUGUGACUGUCACAUGCAGUGGCUGUCUGACUGGGUGAAGAGUGGGUACAAGGAGCCGGGCAUCGCCCGCUGUGCUGGCCCCAAUGACAUGGAGGGGAAACUGCUGCUGACCACGCCUUCCAAGAAGUUCACCUGCACAGGCCCAGUGGAUGUUAGCAUCCUGGCCAAGUGUGACCCCUGCCUGUCCAACCCCUGUAAGAACGACGGCACCUGCUCCAACGACCCCGUCCACUUCUACCGCUGUACCUGCCCUUAUGGAUUCAAGGGCCAGGACUGCGAAGAGCCGAUUCAUGCCUGCAUCAGUAACCCUUGUCAGAACGCUGGUACCUGCCACCUGAAGGAAGGAGAGGAGAGCAACUUCUGGUGUGUGUGUCCGGAGGGCUUCGAGGGGGACAUGUGUGAGGUCAACAGUGAUGACUGUGAGGACAAUGACUGUGAAAACAACUCCACCUGUGUAGACGGAAUCAACAACUACACAUGCAUGUGUUCUCCUGAGUACACUGGUGAGCUGUGCGAAGAAAAAUUGGAUUUCUGCGCCCCAGAGUUGAACCCUUGCCAGCAUGACUCAAAAUGCAUACUGACUCCACAAGGAUACAAGUGUGAGUGUACUCCAGGCUACACUGGAGACCACUGUGACCAGGACUUUGAUGACUGUGCCGAGAACAAGUGUCAGAAUGGUGGACAAUGUAUCGACGCCGUCAACGGCUACACCUGUGUAUGUCCUGAGGGAUACAGCGGGCUCUUCUGUGAAUCCCCCCCACCCAUGGUCCUCCCUCGCACCAGCCCCUGCGACAACCACGAGUGCCUGAACGGGGCGCAGUGCGUUGUCAUGGAGAUGGACCCCCUCUGCCAGUGUCUCCACGGUUACGAAGGAGAGCGCUGUGAGAAGUUGGUCAGCGUCAACUUCAUCAAUAGAGAGUCUUACCUUCAGCUGCCUUCCAGCCUGGUCUCCCCUCAGACUAACAUCUCACUGCAGAUUGCCACAGAUGAAGACAGCGGUGUGCUGCUGUACAAAGGAGAUAAUGACCACAUCGCCAUGGAGCUGUACCGUGGACGCCUGCGUGUCAGCUACGACACUGGAUCCUAUCCCCCCUCCGCUGUGUACAGUGUGGAGACGGUGAAUGACGGCAGCUUCCAUGUGGUGGAGCUGGUGGCGUCAGACCAGAUCCUGUCUCUGUCCAUCGACGGGGGGGCCCCCAAGUCCAUCACCUCCCUCAGCAAGCAGUCCACACUCAGCAUAGACUCCCCGCUCUAUCUGGGAGGGAUGCCCAACCGCGUGUCUAGCUCUGGAGGCGGGGCGGGCCUCUCGGCUCUGCAGCACAGCUCCGGGGGCCGUAAUGGCACCAGCUUCCACGGCUGCCUCCGCAACCUCUACAUCAACAACCAACUGCAGGAUCUGGGGGCCGGGCUGGGGGCCGGGCCGGGCCAGGGGGUGGAGCCCGGCUGCCAGCCGUGUCAGCGGGGGGCCUGCACCCAGGGGGACUGCCACCCCACGGGGCACAGCGGCUUCACCUGCACCUGCCACCCUGGCUGGACGGGCACCCUGUGUGACCAGCAGGUGAACAAUCCCUGCGAUGGCAACAAAUGUAUCCACGGCUCCUGCCUGCCCAUCAACUCGUACUCGUACUCGUGUCGCUGCCAGCCGGGUUUCGCCGGCGUGCUCUGUGACGAGGAGGACCAGGACGCCUUUGACCCGUGUCAGGUGACGCACUGCAAGCACGGCUCGUGCCGCCUGUCGGGCCUGGGCAAGGCCUACUGCGAGUGCAGCCCCGGGUACACAGGAGACGCCUGCGACAGAGAGGUGGCCUGCCGAGGGGAACGGAUCCGAGAUGUCUACCACAGACAGCAGGGCUACGCCGCGUGCCAAACCCAGGAGAAGGUCUCCCGCCUAGUGUGCAGGGGCAGCUGCCCGGGGGGGUCAGGGGGCCCGGGGGGGUCCUGCUGCACGCCCCUGAGGAGCAAACGCAGGAAAUACACUUUUCAGUGCACCGACGGCUCUUCUUUUGUCCAGGAGGUGGAGAAGGUGGUGAAGUGCGGCUGCACGCAGUGUCCUUCCUUGUAAAGAAAAAGAAAAAAAAGAAAGAAAAGCUAGAUACAACCUCCUCUGCCCCUGCCCUCCUUGUUUUGAAGUUGAACCUUGGUGAUUUUGUUCCCGUUUUAUGGGGUGGGUUGGGUUCAUUGCUUUUAGUCCCCCCCCCCACAGCCCUCAAUCCCCACACCCCGUCCAAAUCCUGCAUCACAAAAGCCACCCAC